AGAAUGCCAUAUACAUUCGAGAACUCAGAAGCUCUGCUCAAAAACUUGAAAGACGCGGCUCCGUACAUAUCAGCUGCCGAACGCUUUGCAUCUUUCAAAGGAUUCGUUUAUGAUAAGAGAAUUAACAUCGCCUGUACUUCCGAAAAGCUUGCACGUGCAGGAUUCUAUUCGACAGCCUCACCAGAAUUCCCCGCUUCAGCCAAAUGCCCGUUUUGUAUGCUGGAAAUCAAUUUCGAACAGUGCGACGAUCCAUGGGAGAAACACAAAUCAGGAAGCCCACACUGUGAAUUUGUCAUGAUUGGAGAAAUCGAAGAAAGUGAACUUUCUUUCCGAAUCAUAUCCAAUCUUGCGAUACGACACGCAACAGUGAGACUUUACGAAGAGCUACUUGGAAUCGUAGCGACAUUGGAAAAUGGAGACAUUGCUAAUGAAAACCCGAUUACCCGCGCUGACGCCACCAGGAAAUUGAUUUCAUUCCGAUCUUCUAGCAAGCUUCUCACUUUUGAUCAUCGACUUGCCACAUUCCAAAAUUUCAUUUUCGACAAAAAAAGGAAUGUAAAAUGCACUUCAAAGAAGCUCGCCAAAGCUGGAUGGUUUUCUAUUGCCAACAAAAAAGAUAAAACUUCUGCAAAAUGUCCAUUCUGCCUUGUUGAGCUGGACUUUGACGAAUCAGAUGAUCCGUGGGAAGAGCAUCAGAAGUUCAGUGCAUCCUGCGAUUUUAUCAAACUAGGCAAGCUUGAUGAGAAAAAAUGGACUGAAAAUGAAGCAUUAAUGCUGGGAGCAAGAAUCACGAUUAUGCAAAAAUACGAAAAAGGAAGUUGGUUGAUUGACGAACUCGAGAAAGAAAAUAGAAUUGAUGAAAUAAUCAAGAUUCGAAAAAUUAUGAUCAAACCAAAUCAUGUUCUCAAACGACGUCGAUGCAGUAUUUAAUUUAUAUUUCGACUUUUUAUCUGUAAACUUUUGCCUCCCUCCCCGACCUGUUUAACAUCCGUAAUUCAUUCCAAAAAUGUUCUAAUUCGAAUGAAUAUGUUUUCCUAAACAUUG